AAGCAGGACGCGACUGAUGUAAAGAGUGGAUUCCCUGCAAACGAAAACGCGAGAAGCAGACCCUCCUCACUCCUCUCUCCUUCUCCUCCAGUCUUCCCCUUUUCGAAGCCUUUUGUCUCUCCUCACGGGCAUUCCCUGAACCACGACACUACCCGAGCUUCUCGCGAGGGCUUCUCUCUCUCUCUCUCUCUCUCUCUGAACCGAAACCAGCGAAGAAGAACCCACAUUGGCUUCUCUCGAUUCAGCUCCUCGAGUCCCCCCCCUCCCUCUAGGGUUCACGAGUUCUCCGAGAUUGAUCUCCAGCUCGGCUCGUUCUCCAGCUCCAAAGAGAAGAAGACCCGGCUCCGCUUUGCUGCGUUGCGGGGGCUUUUACAGUCAAAAGACAAGAAUGGAGAAGAAUAUUUGGUUGAUUCUCGGGCUGCUUCCCUGACUCGCGCUUCUUUUUCCUCCUUUUCCGCUUUCCGGGUGACGUACAUGGGAAGCAAUUCGAGUUGAAUGCCCUCCAGCGAACGUGAUCGAAUUCAGUGGUUUCCUGUGAUGCAGUUGGUGCUCUCUCAGCUGCAGCUCAGACUCGGCCCUCGAGAUGGAGGCCUCUGGAUCUUAAAUAAGCUUUGCUCCACUCGGAGAUGAAGCUCGCCUCCAGCUUUUGGAGAUCGUUUUCCCCUUCUGAGAUGUUGUAAUCGUCUGGGUUUUGCUUGGUCUACCGAAGUUCCGACACCCAGUUGCUGAUUAUAUACUUUCUAGUGCUGGAUCGGGCUAUGGAGGACAUACGGCUGUUUAAGCAGGGGUGGGAAUGGGUCCUGUCUCAGAAGCACGCCUUGUCGCGUGCGAAGAACGCGAUGUGGCGCGUCAGAGAUAGAAUCUGUGUGUUUGUGGAGAGGCAUUGGCCGAUGGUGUGGGGUUGGUGUUCCCAGUUUCGGAAGGUGUUGCUUCUAUCGUUGCUUUACUGGAGGAACUGCUUCUUCCGGGGUGUUCAGUCCGUUAUUGGAUUUGGUUCAGCCUCUCUACUUGUCAUCAUGUGGAGUUGCUUCCUUAGCCUCACUUCAAUGCCUUGCUUGAUUUAUGUCGUUUUAAGUAUGGGAGCUGCUGGAGCUGCGGUUAAGUACUUGGGAUUUACUCCUGGGCUGUUUAUUGUAGGACUCUUUGCUAUUUUAAUUUUAUGGAUGUUUGCUAACUUCUGGAUAACGGGAACAUUGUUUAUAAUAGGAGGUUACUUGUUCUCCCGCAGUCAUGCCCGUCUGGUAAUAUUGAUGGCUACCAUUUACGCCAUCUAUUGUGUCAAAGUUCGAGUUGGAUGGCAUGGUGUUUUCAUCUCUAUCAACCUUGCGUUCUUCUCAAAUGACGUGCUGACAUAUUUGCUUCAGUGUUGUGACAAUAUUUCUGAGAAAAGGCACUCCGAAGAGCAGAAAGAGUCGGAAACACUGACUGAAGAUGAAUUCUCUGGAGAAUGUGAAUUCUCUACUCUGAAUGAAGAGCCUGAGAAGUUGCAUUCAUGUAAAUCAUCUAGCAAACAGCCUGCUUUCUCAUCGUUUAUUUGUAAGCAGAGAGAAUUAUCUGGAAAUAAGGUGGUACAAGAAGAAACCAGUUCAUUAGAUGAGAUGAAUAGGAUAUUAAACAGUGUGGAUCAUUAUGAAGCACUUGGGUUUCCUCGUCACAAGAAAAUUGAUGCUGUGAUGUUGAAAAAGGAAUAUCGGAAAAAGGCCAUGCUUGUGCAUCCCGAUAAAAACAUGGGAAGUUCACGAGCUAGCGAAUCAUUUAAGAAACUUCAAUGUGCAUAUGAGGUCCUCUCAGAUUCUACAAAGAAGAGAGACUACGAUGAGCAACUGAAGAAGGAAGAAAGCAGGAGUAGGAGUGUCUGUCAAAAGUCCCACUCACAUCAGGAAAAUGAGGAUUAUCGUGCUGAGGAGUCGAGACGUAUACAGUGCACAAAGUGUGGAAAAUCUCAUGUAUGGGUGUGUACCAAUAGGAGUAAGACCAAUGCUAGAUGGUGUCAGGAUUGUUGCCAGCAUCAUCCAGCCAAAGAUGGGGAUGGAUGGGUUGAAUACAACGGCUCAUUGGUCUUUAAUAGGCCUCAAAAGGUGGAAAUACCCCGGGCUUUUGUCUGUGCCGAAAGCAAGAUCUUUGAUGUGUCAGAAUGGGCCAUCUGCCAGGGUAUGGCUUGUCGGCCCAACACUCAUCGUCCAAGCUUCCAUGUGAAUAUGGUUGGCUUGGAAAGGAAGACACAGAGAUCUAACUCAAGUAGGUAUCCAUGGGAUCUGGAUGCGGAGAUGAUGGAUGAAGAGGAAGAAUUCGAGUUAUGGCUUCAACAAGCCCUGGCCUCUGGCCUCUUCUGUGAGACUUCCAAACGCAGGAAGAGCUGGAGUCCAUUCAAGUUGCACCAGUUGAAGGGUAAGAAGCAAUGGAGAAGAGCUUCAUCAUGAAUGGCUGACCAAGCAUAGCGUAGAAUUGGCCAAGUUCUUUCUAUGCUCCUCGGAGCUGAGAUUUCACAGGACCAGGAUUUCAUUGGCAGAGAAUAUGGUGAUGUGUCUGAUGUACCCAAAGCAUGUUAUGUUUGACCAGCCAACCUGUCAUAACUCAUCAAGGAUGAGGUGAAUGAAAUUGAGGUCCUGAAGUUGAGCAACUGCUCUCUUCUGUUGUCGUGUAAAUAAAUUUAGGUCAUCUCUACGGCAUUCCCUUGCUUCACAAUGUCAGUUUUGUCGAGUCCCUUUUGGGGAAGGGGAAUAUUUUGAAGUCAAGUCAGAGGGCAAAACUGAUUUGUGUCUGUUGUACAUUAUUCAGGCAAUCUUUGCUUAUUCAAGGUGUAACCCAGGUUCUCCUAAAAAAAUUUGCUCACACUGUAGAUUUAUC